AUGCCGAUCUUGAUCACCUACGCCACUUCUCGUGGUUCAACAAGAGGUGUUGCUGAACGGAUUGCCUCACGCCUCCAUGCUAAUGGCUUUGCCGUCGACUGCCGACCCGUUGACCACGUCUACAGUGUCGAAAAUUAUAAUGCCGUGAUCCUGGGCAGUGCAGUUCAUUCACAAAAGUGGCUCCUGGACGCCCAGAGAUUUCUCGACAUUGAAGCCAUGGGACUUCAAAUGAGACCCAUGUGGGCGUUCAGUGUGAGUAUGGCCCCUGCAGGUGUUCCAAGCUGGAUGCGAGAGAUGGCUGUGAAGAGAGACCGGAAGUCCAUCGAGGAAGCCGUGACGAGGAAGGUACCAAAGCUCCGAGGCCAUCGUUUGUUUGCCGGAAAAGAUGAUGGAUCCACCAUACCCUCACCGGUUCGGGGACUAUACAGCUGCAUUGGUGGAAGAUUUGGAGACAUGCGAGACUGGGAUGAGAUUGACGCUUGGGCGGAUCAGAUUGCGAAGGAAUUGACGAUGGAAUCUCCAUGA